CCAUACUAGUAUCAUUAAGUUGGUGAAAGUACGUACUGUAAUACGUACCGUACCGUAUGUACCUACUGCAAACAGACAACUCAGAGCGAUUCACUACGGAGUUUUCGGAGCUGCAAAACUACGACAGGUUUCGUUCAUAAAAAUACGAUACCCACAAUCCAUCCAAUCCAAUCCUCCUUUCGUCGCUGGAGAUCUUGCAGUGAGUAUCAAAGCAUUACUACCAACAUUAUUUUUUGCCUCACAGAAACUUCACCAAAAUCAUGCCUGUUGCACUGAUGACAGGAAAGUCGAAUGGUCAUGAUGCAACUCAAAACCAAUCACUGCGGAAUCGAACAAUUGAAGUUUCGGAUUGGUGGACGUUGCAAACUUCAUCGGAAUCAUCGGUAACACACGUUUUGGACCUGCGUUCCUUCACAGAACAGCGAAGACAAUUUCUAUGCACCCCUGUGCAAGACAGUUCAAUGUCGCUUAUUGUUGUGCCCAUCCCCGUCUCGGUGGUGGAGAAACGAUCCUUCGAACUGCCUGCGCGACACGUCAAGUUUUCCAUUCUGGUAGCCGAGUCCGAUCUCGUUCGGGCGGAAUCCUUCUUGUGCGGAUCGAAUCGCAAGCGUCCAAACCCCUGGAAGGUCGAUCACGUUCUUCUCGAUACCGAGGAAUUUUGGAGCGAAGCACACGAGUUGGGAAUGGUUGGUAAAGAAGAUACUGGACAACGGAUAGAAAAUGAAUUAGAAGAAAAAAAAUACAAACGCCAACGCCUGGAUCAAGACCAUGACUCUGCGACACAAAACUCUAGAAAGUUUUCCAAAUUUCCGCUUCCUCGACUUUGGCAGCCAGAUCCGAUGGUGGAAACUGUUUUACUUCCUCUGUUAGUAAAGGCACACGACAACAAUCGGCGGUCUAUUUCAAGCCAAGAAGAAUUGGAAGUAUGGGACUUAGCUGCAGGGGCUGGACGGGACGUAGCCUUUCUCGGAGAAGAACUAUUCGCCGUCGAUAGAACUCAUCAAAUAGUUGCUGUAGAUCAUAGGUAUAAUGACAAAGAAACAAAGAUUGUGAACGACUUUUGGGAUCGCAGGGAGAUAGGAAGUCAAACUACCAGUCUCAAGUUGAAUCUUUCKCACUGGAAGACUUUGGAAGAAGCAAUGGCAUCUAGUUUGACCCAGAAGAAGGUUUCUGCAAUGUUUUGCGUUCGGUUUUGGAAACCAGAUCUAGUGAAAGCCAUUGCAGAAAGCGGGUCAAUAUCUUCUGGCGUCUUGUUUGCAUUAUCGCAUUUCUGCAAGCCAUCGCUGGGUGCAUCUUGGAACUUCGAUCAUCCCAGCGAGAAGACGGUCCUAGAACGAAAUGAACUCAACGACAUUUUUCAUACAGGGUGGGAUAUUCUUCAUGAUGAAAUUGCAAUUGACUCCGAUCAUGGACGGACGAUGAUUCAUUUUGUAGCUAGACGGAGAUAACUUACUUAGCUAAACACCUGAUGGUACUUCUACUCUGCGCACAUUAAGAGAUGUUUUUUUACUUUUGAGUUACAUACUGUACACGAUAGAACCAUAGGGUAAGGUCUGACUGAUCGACCAAAAAGCACAGCCAACAGAGAAUUACCAAAUCAUUGUAAUAUUAGUAGUGCUGACUUACAACAUAUGGAAGCAAUGAGAUGCCCAUCUUGAUACAGGGUACGAGUUUCGGUCCAAAAUAAUACCAGACAGAUUAA